CAUAGCAAAACUUAAUAAGUUUAGCUAUAAAUUAGAGUGUACAGCAGUAGACAGAGGAACAGUAUAGGACAGGAGAGGAGUAUGAUCUCGUAAAACUAAGCAAAUAAAGAGACCAUUGCUCAAUGAAAUCACAAUUCACACAUGUCUAUCUUUCAAUUAGGCAAACAAUUUGUUCUCAACAAGUGGUAUUGCUAUUCUACCACCAAUCCCUUCUCUAAAACAAUACUAAUUUUAAUGAUUUUUUACAUUUGGAUUAAGUAUAAUAUGAUUUCUUUCCUUUUCUACCCAAAUUCUCUUGGCCUCCCUAAUUUCUCAAUGCACCCACAAAUAUUUAGCCUUAUUUUGAUCCUUUUUUGGGGUUUUAUUUUUUGCACUUGGAUUGUCUCUGUGAUUCUGAUCUUCUGUAAGUUUUUUUUUCUUUUUUUUUUUGUGUCUGAGUUUGUCAGCUAUGGAGACUGAUGAACAGAAUGGGAUUAUUCAGUCUACUGAGAGGCAGAGAUUUUACAUUGAACUUGUACCUGGUGAAACUACCAUUGUUUCAUGGAAGAAAUUGGUUAAGGAAGCUGCUAGGGAAAGGGAAAGGGAAAGGGAAAAAGAAAAGCAAUACGGAAUGGAAAUGGAAAUGGAAAUGGAAAGCGAAAGAGAAACAGAAAGGGAAAGGGAAAGGGAAAGGGAAAAGCAAAAGGAAAGGGAAAGGGAAAGGGAAAGGGAAAAGCAAAAGGAAAGGGAAAGGGAAAGGGUAAAAAAUCAAUCUGUUGUUGCUUCUAUUGGGUGUGAAAGUUCUAGAAUUUGUUUGGGUGGUGAUUCUGAUGGUGGCCAGUACAAAGAUUUGUUCUUCAAGGAUUUAAGAACUGAAUAUGUAGAUAGAGCUACAUCAUCAGGUCACAAGCAACAGAAAAAGCAGAGAAUCAAUGCGCCAAAAAUAGAAAAUCAGACCAAUGAUGACCAUCCUUCAAUCAAACAUGCUGGACCAGAGGCCGUGAGUGCCAAGGUAACGGAUAAGGCAACAGAUCUGUCCAAUGAGACCUUUAUACACUCUACCUUGCCUGCUAUAAUAAAAGAUAACCAACCUAAAAAGCUACAGGCAUUUAACGUGGAUUCCCCUUUGUUGACCUAUUCGAAGAGAUCUGCCUGUAAAUCGGAAUAUCCACCACUGAAUGCAGUUGAGACUGCUUCUGUGUUUCCCUUGAAAAAAAUGCAUGAUACUCUUCCAAAAACUCAAGUUAUUGAAAAAAGUGCAGUUGAGAGGAGCAGAAUGAAAUUAAGGAUUGGAUUUGAUUCGUCCGAUAUUAUGCAUCAGAACUUAAAAGGCAGAUAUGAACCUGUAAAAAUCAACCCUAUGUUGUUGCAUGAUGAUGAGAGUCGUGGAAGUAGGAAACUCAUUGAUGCUAGUCCACCUGGCUACCAGUCAUUUAUAAAUGGUUCAAUCAGUGUUUUGGCUGCUACUGAAGAUACAUUACUUGAAAGGCCAUAUGUUAAAGCGCUUGAAUGCGCAAUUGCAGAGUUGGAGGUUGCAGUAUCAAGGAGAAGAUCAUUUCAAUCUGAAGCUUUGGAUGCUCGUGCGCCAUGGUUCGUAAUCCAAAGGGCAUUGCCUCCGGAGGUGAUGUUGAAGUUCGGCAGAGUUGCAAGUAUAGUGGUGCUGAGGUCAGCUAAAGAGACUCUGUCGGAGGAUUUGGUUAAUCGCCUAGUGACUAUUCUUGGAAAGUUGGUGCAUAGAAACACUCUGAAGAAAACCUUGAGAAAGCUGGUCAUGCUGAAUUUAUUCAUGCGGAAGGGGGAAGCUGAAAGGUUUGAGGAUAUCAAGACUGAAAUUCUUUCGCUGGUGUGUCAUCAACAAGUUGGAGCUGCUUAUAUCCCUGAAGCUAAAGAGAAACAGAUAUCUGGCGGAACCUACAAUCUGGAUGAUGCUGCGGAGGAUAAAUUAUGUGAUAUGUAUGAGUUAUGUUUCCAGGAACUUCCACAACAUACAGAUGUUCAAGUCCUGAAGCUGUUCAUUGAGCUUGCUGAACUAUGGCCUGAAGUAAUCAUGGAUCACCAUAAAUUAACAAAAGCAAUCAGCAGAGCAAAGAAAAGAAGAGCAAUAGCUGAAAUAAGUCGGGGUCAAAAUGUGGUGGAUGAUGUUAUGACAAUUCCUGAUCGAAUCCCUUCUCAGAAAGGUAAAGUUAUUGCCUCAACCGAUAACCACAAUCCCAUUACAUCACUUCCCCGAAAAACAGCUCCUAAACACAAGAAUUCUUGUCCAUCUUCAACGGGUGUUAAGUUGGCUUCGAAGCAGAAGCGGAAGCAACUCAUUUCGGAGAAAAAGAAUGUGAAAGUGAAAUUCUUUAUGAAGGGGGAGCAUGAAACUGCCAAUUCUAUUGAGGAAACUACGAAAGUUCAAGCAAAUCCCUCAAGCGCUGCAGCUUCUUCAAAGGGUAAGCAGUCAACCCGAUAAUGCUCAUCCUUUAAAAGAGGAAUGUGUUCAUUCCAAAUACAGUGUAUCAUAUUGUGAUAGUUUUCUCUUUUGGUGAUAGUUUAGGCCAAUGAUACCCCACAGGAUAUUGAUAUCAUGCCUGAAUUUGAUCAGAAACUUGAAAGACUAGGAGGAAAUUUGUGCACCCAUCUUUUCCUGUUUCGGCUAAACCACAGGGUUGUAAAUUGUGUUACCGUUGUCUUGGCUGGGGAAUAUUGGUGAUAUAGUAAUUGCUUGACUUUGAAAUGAUGAUUUGUUGUUUUGAAGCUUAUUAUCUUGCAGGCCCAUAUACACAUUGGGGUGUUUGGUUCUUAGCUUUUUGGUUGGUUUUGGCUUUUGGCUUGUUUAUUGGUCAAACAACCAAAAAACGUGUUU